ACAACUGCGCCUCUUUCUCAUAAACCCUAAACACACACAGCCGCUCAACUCUCUAAGCUCGCAGAGAUGGCACCUCCUCGAGGUCGUGGUGGUUCUGGUGGGUUCAGAGGUGGAAGGAGUGAUGGAGGAGGGAGAGGAGGCCGGAGCGGAGGCCGUGGCUUCGGUGACAGAAGUAGUGGGUUUAAACCAAGUGGAGGCCGAGGAGGUGACCGCGGCCGUGGAAGAGGCAGAGGCCGUGGAGGAAUGAAGGGUGGGACCAAGGUCGUCGUUGAGCCCCAUAGACAUGCUGGGGUUUUCCUUGCUAAGGGUAAAGAGGAUGCUCUUGUGACCAGGAACAUGGUCCCCGGAGAAGCCGUCUACAAUGAGAAGAGGAUUUCUGUUCAGAAUGAGGAUGGAACUAAAGUCGAGUACAGGAUUUGGAACCCUUUCCGUUCCAAGUUGGCUGCUGCUAUACUUGGUGGUGUUGAUGAGAUAUGGAUUAAACCUGGUGCGAGGGUUCUCUACCUGGGGGCUGCUUCUGGUACCACAGUCUCACAUGUUUCAGACCUUGUUGGCCCUACUGGAUGUGUAUAUGCUGUUGAGUUUUCACAUAGAAGUGGUAGAGACUUGGUAAACAUGGCGAAGAAGAGAACUAAUGUCAUACCAAUUAUUGAAGAUGCUAGGCAUCCAGCGAAAUACCGUAUGCUUGUCGCCAUGGUUGAUGUCAUAUUUUCUGAUGUUGCUCAACCUGAUCAGGCCAGGAUUCUAGCUUUGAAUGCUUCAUAUUUUCUUAAAUCCGGAGGGCACUUUGUCAUCUCUAUCAAGGCUAAUUGUAUCGACUGCACUGUUCCUGCCGAAACAGUGUUUGCUUCUGAGGUGAAGAAGCUGCAGGCAGAACAGUUUAAGCCUUUUGAACAAGUGACUCUUGAACCUUUUGAGCGUGAUCAUGCUUGUGUUAUUGGAGGUUAUCGUAUGCCUAAGAAGUCAAAGGCCACUGCCUAGAACGCCUUUAUCCAUGAAUCAAUAGCUUAGUUUGCCUGUGAGAACAGGAUAAAUAUAAACCUGACAAUGUUUUCCCCGUUUAUUCAAUGUUGGUCUUGUAGUUGCAAACAUCAAUCUUUGUUAUUGAUAUUCAAGUUUUCAUAAUUUUAGAUGUUGAAUU